AUGGUAGCUUCUGGGACUUCAUUUGAAGAGAUUUUGGGGCUAAGGGGUUGUUUGGUGCAUAUUGGACCUAAAUUGAGUCGGGUAUAUAAGCUUUACGUUUCCCUAACCCUAGUUGUGUUUGUCCAGCCGUCAUCUUCUUCACCCUUCGUCCUCAACUCCGGCGCCGCUACCUCCCACCUUGCCUCUCCUGUUUGUGGCCGCAAUCUCACGCCCCAUCACAAGUCAUUGCUUUUUUUCCUGUUGAAGCUGGAAGACCACCGAGAUGCCACCGUUGUGGUUACAGCCGCCGGUGAACCCGAGAACGUCGAAGACCGCCGCCAUGACCGGACACGCCCCCUCCCUCCUUAUGUUUGUGUGGUUCGUCGCCGAUGUCAAGCAAAACCGUUGUGCCUUUCUCUUCUUCUGUUGCUACGAUGGUUAUGGUUUCCGGUGGUGGACUGCCACCACUUUCCCCACCGUAAACACUCUUCCAUUUCCGUUUACAGUUGGACCUGCCAUGUGUCGCCGCCGUCAUAUUUCACCCUCGUCGUCGUUUUACGCCACCAUAAGGGGUGGCUGAGCUCGUUCACGGCUAUAAGUGAUCCAUGGUGUUAUGUUCGAUUGUUUUGUUGGUAUGAGGCUGCUAGAAUGGUUGUUUGGUUGGAGAUCCGAAGGAAGACCCUACUGCUACCACUCGUCGCCGCCGGCCACCACAAGUUCGGGAACCUGUCAACCAGCACUGGAGUUUUAUCUGCGAGACUUCAGCAGUGGGUAAGUCUUCUCACCAUACCCAUGGGUCUAAGGCACCAAGGGCGGCCCAUUAUGUGAUUAUGAUAUACGUGUUAUCCAUUCUGUGUUUUGUUAUGAUAUUUGAUUGUGUGUUUUGCAUGAAGACCCUGGGGGGAGCCCAUGGCAUUGGAUGUAAGACCAUGUGGGGUAGCCCAUCACAGUCCUAGGUAAAGACCAUGUGGGGUAGCCCAUGACAUUGGAUGUAAGACCAUGUGGGGUAGCCCAUGGCAUUAUUACAGGUUUUAUGUAUGCAUGACUUAUGUGAUAUGUGUGUAGCUUUUAUAGCUACCAAGAUAUAUGAUUUGUGUGUAGCUUUUAUAGCUAACAGGAUAUGUGAUAUGUGGAUUGUGUGUAUGGUAUGCUCUGGGAAACUCACUAAGCUUCGUGCUUACGGUUUCCAGUUUUGGUUUCAGAUACUUCAUUUUCAAAGGAAAUGAGCCGACUCGAUCGCAGCGCGUCACACUAUGUUUUCCGUACAGGAUGUCUUUGGGAUUAUAUUUGAUAUUAUUUUAUGAUGACAUGCCUGAUAAUUGACACACUUUUGACAUGAGAUAUUAUUAUGAAUGUUUUGUACUGAUGGUUUUAUGUAAUAACUUAAUUAAAAUGAAAUUUUUGGCCUGUA